AUGAGUGAAGAAGUGAAAGAGAAUCAAUCUGACAAGCUUCAGAGAACAGCUCCACGUUUAAACGAGAGGAUCCUCUCAUCUUUAUCAAGGAGAUCGGUUGCUGCUCAUCCAUGGCAUGAUCUUGAAAUAGGACCUGGAGCACCGGCGAUUUUCAAUGCGGUUAUUGAGAUUUCAAAGGGUAGUAAGGUCAAAUAUGAACUUGACAAAAAGACCGGACUCAUUAAGGUUGAUCGGAUUCUGUAUUCAUCGGUUGUGUAUCCUCACAACUACGGUUUUAUCCCCCGCACAUUAUGUGAAGACAAUGAUCCUCUAGAUGUGCUAGUCAUCAUGCAGGGAGAAAAAGAUGACAAGAUCAUUGCGGUUUGUGCUGAUGAUCCUGAGUAUAAGCAUUACACUGACAUCAAAGAACUUCCACCUCAUCGUCUCUCAGAAAUCCGGCGAUUCUUUGAAGAUUACAAGAAGAAUGAGAACAAGGAAGUUGCUGUAAAUGAUUUCCUACCUAAUGGUCCUGCCGUUGAAGCCAUUCAGUACUCAAUGGACCUUUACGCUGAGUACAUUCUUCACACCCUGAGGAGAUAA